GCACAGGGAGUUGUGUGCAAGCUGUGUGUGCAGGCUGCAUGUCUGUCCAAAGUGGUUAGAGGUGCAGCAUUGUCAGCUGUGUGCAAGGCCCUGAAGAGCAACAGGAACAUGUACAGGUUGAAACUCCCCACGCUGCCAAUGGCAUUGCUACUUCCCUUGCUUCUUUGGGUUCAGGCAGCUAAUUCUCAAGGCCCGGAAGAACCUGACCUACUAUACCAUGGCUGCUCUGAGGGGAGCUGCUACCCAGCCACAGGGAACUUGCUUAUUGGAAGGACCCACAGCCUACAUGCUACAUCCACUUGUGGCUUGGAGGACCGCCAGGAAUACUGCAUCGUAAGCCAUCUGCAGGACUCUGAGAAAUGCUUCACUUGUGACUCACGUUCACCAUUCCUGCGCGAGAGCCACCGCAUUGACAAUGUCAUCUAUCUGAGUGGCCAGGAUGGCGAGCAGACCUGGUGGCAAUCUGAGAAUGGAGUGGAAGAGGUCAGCAUCCGCCUGGACCUGGAAGCUGAAUUCCAUUUCACUCACCUCAUAAUGAAGUUCAAGACAUUCCGCCCAGCAGCCAUGUUGAUCGAACGCUCUUCAGACUUUGGGCACAGCUGGAAGGUUUAUCGUUACUUUGCAUUCAAUUGCUCCAAGUUGUUCCCCGGAAUCCCCACUCAAGUUCCAAUACAUGUCAACCAGCCAGUGUGUGACCAGCGAUACUCUGAGAUUGAGCCCUCUAGCCAUGGCGAGGUGAUUUUCAAAGUGCUGGACCCAGCUGUGAAAGUAGAGGACCCUUAUAGCCGAGAAAUCCAAGAUCUGUUACGCGUCACUAACCUGCGGGUGAACUUCACUAAACUGCACACUCUGGGCGACAAUCUACUGGACUUCCGACAUCAGGUGUUGCAGAAAUACUACUAUGCAGUCUAUGAGAUGGUGUUGCGUGGGAGCUGCUUCUGCUAUGGACAUGCCUCGGAGUGUGCCCCCCUGGCCGGAGAGUCAAGUAGAGUUGAGGGCAUGAUCCAUGGGCGGUGUGUGUGCAAACAUCACACCAAGGGCCUCAACUGUGAGCUCUGCAAGGACUUCUACCAGGAGUUGCCAUGGAGACCGGCUGAGGCCUACGAUCCUCAUGCCUGCAGAGAGUGUAAUUGCAAUGAACACUCACACAAGUGUCACUUUGACAUGGCCGUGUACCUGGCCACAGGCAACACCAGCGGAGGAGUCUGCGAUGAGUGUCAACACAACACCAUGGGCCGCCACUGCCAGCUCUGCAAGCCCUUCUACUAUCGCAACCCUCUAGCUGAUAUCCGGGCCAGCACUGCUUGCAUUCCCUGUGAUUGUGACCCGGUGGGCUCUUUGGAUGGUGGUGUGUGUGACAGUCACACAGAUGCAAUGCUGGGCAUGAUUGCCGGGCAGUGCCGCUGCAAAGAGAAUGUCAAGGGAGCACGCUGUGACAGCUGCAAAGAAGCCUUUUAUGGACUGAGCCGCAAUGACCCUCAGGGAUGCCAGCCCUGCAGGUGUGACCCCCGUGGGAUCAUCUCAGGUAGCAACCCCUGCGACCACAUCAGUGGUGACUGCUACUGCAAGCGUUUUGUUACUGGGCGAUAUUGCAACCAGUGUUUGCCUGAAUACUGGGGGCUGAGCUAUGACAUGACUGGCUGCCGAAGCUGUGCUUGUGAUUUCGGAGGUGCCUACAGCAACAGGUGCUCCACAGAUGACGGGCAGUGCCCUUGUCGGGCCAACCUCAUGGGCCGUCAGUGCAAUGAAGUGCAGCCUGGUUUUUUCUGCAUGCCCCUGGACUACUAUAUGUAUGAAGCAGAGCAUGCCACAGGCCACCCACCAACACAUCACGGUCUGCCGGGUGCCUUGCGUCCUGAGGCUCCUGUAGAUUGUGUGGAAUAUUACAACGGGGUCCAGAAUGGGCGCAAAGUGAGGUUGCGACGCCAGCAUAGCACAACAAGACUCUUGCAGCAGAGAGCAGCACUCCGAAGAGCCCGGCAACUUCAACAAAAGCCUGAUGUGGAAGUUGUGCAGCGUGAACAUGCAGGUCAUAUGAUUACAUGGACUGGCCCAGGCUUUGCCCGUGUACGGGAUGGGGCUGGCUUAUCCUUCCAUAUUGACAACAUUCCCUACCCCAUGGAGUAUGACAUUCUGUUGCGCUAUGAGCCAGAGUCUACAGAGGAUUGGGAAGCUGUCAUUAGUGUCAGCUCACAAACUAUACCCAUGAGCCCACGCUGUGGCAAUGUGCUGCCUUCGGAGCAGAAAUACCGGGAGAGCCUGCUGCACAGUUCCAGAUACAUUCUUCUGCCACGACCUUUCUGCUUUGAGCCCAGGAACCACUAUGAGAUCAUUGUGCGCUUCCAGAGAGCAGGCGUAGCACAGCGGCACCCUGCAGCCUUCAUCCUCGUUGACUCGCUGGUUCUUUUGCCACGUGUGACUGAGCUGCCUGGUCUCCAGGGGAAUGAUCCAGCAGCAGUGGAGCGUCGAGAGGAACUAGAGCGCUACACCUGCCUAGAGGCAUUUCGUAUGGCCACCAUGCCUGACCUGGCUGAGAUGUGCGCUCGUUUGCUCUGCAGCAUCUCUGCCCUGAUGCACGAUGGGGCACUGCCCUGCCAAUGUGACCCACAAGGCUCCACCAGCAGUGUCUGCCAGAAACUGGGGGGACAGUGUCAGUGUAAACCCAAUGUGGUGGGUCGCCGCUGUGAGCAGUGUGCCCCAGGCACCUACGGAUUCGGGCCAUAUGGCUGCAGUCCCUGUGCCUGUUCCUCUGAAGGUUCUGUCUCCAAGAUCUGUGAACCAGUCAGUGGGCAGUGCCGGUGCCGGCAUGGGACUGUGGGACGUCAGUGUGACCAAUGCCCACCAGGACAGUGGGGCUUCCCAAGCUGCCGACCUUGUCACUGCAAUGGCCAUUCAGAAGAAUGUGACUCGCACACUGGCACCUGCCACCGGUGCCGUGAUCACACAGCUGGCCGACACUGUGAAAGGUGCUUGGAUGGUUACUACGGAGACCCAGUUUUGGGCUCGGGGCAACAAUGUCGUCCCUGCCCAUGUCCUGGAUAUCCCGGCUCUCGGCAUUAUCACGGCAUCUCCUGUCACACUGAUAGGGAGACCAACCAGAUAGUUUGCCUGUGUGCUCCAGGCUAUACAGGGCCCCGUUGUGACCGUUGCUCACCUGGCUACUUCGGAGCACCCGAGCAGGAGAACGGAGCCUGCCGCCCCUGUCAGUGCAACAACAACAUUGACACCAGUGACCCUGAGGCCUGUGACCCGCACACCGGUCAAUGCCUGCGUUGCCUCUACCAUACCGGAGGACCCCACUGUGCCGAAUGCCAGCGUGGUUACUACGGCAAUGCUUUUCAGCGUAACUGCCGACGAUGUACCUGUAACGAGCAGGGAACCCUGCUUUCCCACUGCUCUGAAGGUGUCUGCUAUUGUGACCGAAUGACAGGCAGCUGCCCCUGCCGUGCCAAUGUGGUAGACAGGAAUUGUGAUAAAUGCGCCACGAACUUCUGGGGCUUUGGCAGUGACCUGGGAUGCCAGCCAUGCAACUGUGACUCUGUCCAUUCAUUACGGUCAGACUGCAACUUGUUCACAGGACAGUGCCAUUGCCAGCCAGGCUUCGGAGGACGUGUUUGCUCUCACUGCCAAGAGAAUUACUGGGGUGAUCCAGAACAGGAGUGUCUAGCAUGUGAGUGUAACCCAACAGGAUCCGAGAGCCUGCAGUGUGACCGUCUCAGUGGACACUGCCAGUGCCGGCCUGGCUUCACGGGGCAGCGCUGUGACCAGUGCCAGAGGGGCUUCCGGCAGAAUUUCCCCCGUUGCUCUGCCUGCCAUCCUUGCUUUGGUCAGUGGGACAAAGUACUGGAGCAGCUCUGGGGGCAGCUGCGACGGCUUCAGGAGACAGUCGAAGCCCUAAAGGAAGGUGGCCCCAUACCUGAGGCCAGCAACAACCGCAUGCGAAACCUAGAAAGAAGCCUGGACCAAGUAGAACAGCUUCUUGGGGAUGGGAGUAGUCCAAGCACUUCUCUGCUGCACCACCUCAGCGCUCUCCUGGCACAGCUCAGGACAGACAUGGAUGAGCUAUGGCAACAGCUGCAGACCACUGAUGUGCACCUGGAUGGCACUGAGAAGGAUGCUGCAGGACAAAGGAGCCGCCUGAAUGCACUGAACCGUGAGCUGGGCAUGCUGAAUCGCACUGUCAAUCACCUCCGCAGCCAACUGGGGAGCAUAGCAGGUGCCAACUUCAAUGAGUCUCUUCGUAGCAUUGUGGAGUACUUCCAGAUGUCAGAGCAGGCACAGCAGCAAGCAGAGGCCUCGGUUCAAGGACCGCAGAGCCCUGUGGGCCAAGCCAAACAUACACAUCAGUCCACAGUUGAGCUGCUCAAGCGUAGGAAAGAUGUCUUUCGAAGGAAUGCAGCAGCUCACCGGAAGUUACUUCGUGACCUUAAGAAAAAGGUCAGCGGCCUCCACCUCCACAGGGUCAACCAGAAGAUCUGUGGUGGUUCCGGAGAAGAGGACUGUGAGCAAGCCCCCUGUGGAGGGGCCAACUGCAAGGACAGCUCAGGCCAGAGGCACUGUGGAGGCCCUGGCUGUACUGGAGCCCUACCUGUAUCCAUGAAAGCACUGAAUACAGCCCAGAACUUCUCUCACCAGCUGGAGACCACCACCAGGCAACUGGGCACCAUCGCUAGCAAGGUGCAAGAAAUCCAGAACCUGGCGCGAGAUACCAGGAACCGUGCCCAGGAGACUCUGGACCGAGCUCAGGUGGCACGGAGCCGCACAGAGAACUCAACAGCGAGGCUGAGGGAAUUCAUCCAGAGGAUAAAGGACUUCCUAGCAGAGGAAGGCGCUGAUCCAGAAAGCAUUGAGCUCGUGGCCCAGCAGGUACUGAACAUCUCCUUGCCCAUCAGCCCAAGUGAGGUUGGAAGCCUGCUUCAGGAGAUCCGGAACAGCAUCAGCCAGCUAGAUGGAGUGGAUGUUAUCUUGAACAACACUAUAGAUGACCUGAAGCGUGUCAGAGAUCUACUAGCAAAAGCAGAACUAGCCAAGGAGCAAGCACAGGGAGUACAGGGAACAAUCAGAGAUACACGUGCAGCACUGAAUGAUGCCAAGAACAAAGUGAGGACGGCAGAGAGAGCAAUGAACAGCACCAGGGAAGUUAUCCGAAAUGUGGAGGGCAGAGUUGCACAGGCUGAGCGCAAGCUCCAGGCACUGGUCAAAAAGGGGUCACAACUGGAAAGCCGCCUCAGAGAACUGGCACAGGAUGUGGCUGCCUUACAGGAGAAAUCCCAGACCAAUCAGCGGUUGGCCCAGCAAGCAAAGGGAAAAGCUGAACGUGCUACUGCUGUUGCAGGCAGGCUGGAAAAGGAGGUGGAGAAAGUGAUGCAAAAAUACCAAGAGUUGCAGAAGCAGCUGGAAAACCAGCCUGGGGGCAGUGACUCUUUGCAAAGGCUGAUGAACCUGAAGACGGAGGCACAGAAGCUCCUUGAGAAGGCCAGUGGCAGCAAGAGAAAGGUGGACGAGUUAGAGGAGCGCUUUGAGGCCAAUGAGAGAGAGAUGCAAGCAAAAGCAACAAAGCUGCAGAUGCUGGAGAGGAAGGUGAUGGAACUGCUGCAGUAUAUCCGGGAGAAAGCCACUGCCUAUGCUACCUGCUAGGACCAAAUGUUUCUGUCAUCAGUCCCUUGGGUCUGACUUCUGCCAGCUCCAGGCUGUGCCUUGGUAGGGCUCUUCUGUACAAGUCAGUGUCUGGCCUGCUUCUGAGGCUUUGUCUGUAGUUUCAGAGCCUUCAUGUAAAACCAGUUCAUUUCACCUUCCUAUGCACUGUGGGGCCCCUCCUCCUCCAAGCCCAUGCGUCUGCUGCCCCAACACAGACCCUAACCCAACCCGGCCAGCCCUCCUCCCCCACCUAUAUCCUUUAUCUUUUUUGUAGGUCUAAUAUUUGCCAGAUUUGGGCAAAAGAGGGGGGAGAUGAUCAGAUAAAGAGGGUGUGUCCGCUGACAUUUAAGAUCUAAUUAGCUGAACCUUUUGAAUUGCUGUGAUGCCAAUUCAGCUUUCAGUUUGUUAACAACUGGCAGCAAUCUGCCAUGGGUGUGGCAAGCAACAAAGGUGCCUAUUGGCUGGAAUCUGAGUUGUGAUGGGCAUGAUGGGUAGAAGGGCAAAGAGAUUUUUGUUGUCUUGGGCAUUAUGCAAAGCCGAAUCUGGACUAUGAUGUACCCUUGUAAUCCCUACUGCUAAUCUACUAACUUUAAUCAUGCCCGAUUUUGUAAGCCUAACAGUCAUCAGGCUGGAAAAUCAAACUACUGCUCGAUGUAGAAGGAUGUAGACAUUGCUACAAAUUGCUACAUCUGCUAGAAAUUCCAAUGGACUAGCCAUGUCCACUGCACCAGGAGGGCCUAACUGGGGCUGGGCCUUUCAGAACAGUUCUAGCAGCAAAAUCUCAUAUAGUUGCAGUUAUGUUGUGUCCAGUCCAUGUUCUAUCCCAGGCCUCAGGGUCCAGUAAUUAGAAAGGCAUAUAUGCCUAUGGGUAUCCUCCAGAGAGGUGGAAUAUGUCCAUCCUAACGCUUCAUGGAAUAACUCCCCUCAGGGCAGCCUCUUUCUUUCUUUCUUUGCCAAGGAAACAAAGCGCUUCCUAAGCCACCCAGGUCCUUUGGUCUAUGAUCUCAGACUGUGAAAAGGAUGAGUGGGUGCCAUAAAAACAACAUUCCAACUGUGCCAGCUGUUGCUGAAAAGUUGGCUGUGGCCUUCCAGUUGCCUUCUGUCUAUUUAGCCUCUGGGAAAUGAACAACUUUGAAUAGAAUCCUGGAUUCUUCUUAGGCUUGCAAUCCCACAGCUGCCCCAAUUGUUGGUAAAUAAUAAUUGAAGAUACAAACCUUACCUGAAAAGGGGCGGGGGGGGGGGGAGAGUGAGCAAAAGCCAUUCAGCAUCUUCUCUGAACCUCCACUAUUGAAAAGGGUCUCCUAUUCCACCCAAGAUUUGGAGAAUCUUCCUAUCUCAUUUCUCUCAUUUUUAUGGUCUUUAGACACUGGUAAUAGCAAUUAACACACAUUAGAUGGGUUUAUAAGAGAUAAUGUCUAUGAACAGCUGUUGAUCACAAUAGUUUAUUAUUGCCUUAACUGACCAGCAGAAAAAAAGUCUUCCUUCUCAACUGUAGCUCCAUCCAUAGCGUUUUUCCUUUCUUGCUGCGGCUGCCUUGUCCACUUACUUGCCUGGAGGAAGGCCACAGGCUGGUUGGCUUUUCCGAACUACCCCACAACAAGGAUCUUGCCCAGCUCUUUAUCCUAAUCUGACAGAGCCAUAUCUGCCUACCUUCUGUUUACAAGUGUCCACACAUUUUCCUCGAGACAAUCAAGUACCUGUCUACCCUCCUCCCCAAAAUGUAGUAUACAUUGAGUUGGAUCCAGCCAGCUUUUUCACUUAAUCUCACCCAGUUCCCCUCCUUAUAGGCCACUGACUCAUGUAGCUUUUAUUCAUGCAUGUUCCAUGAGGAGACUUCCUCGUCCCUUAUUCACCAGAUGAAAAGCUGGUUAAAUCCAACCCAUUCUUCCCAUCUUACAUGUGUGACAUCAUGUGCCUCUUUCAUCCCAUUGGUCCAGUGAACAUUUGGGAAGUGCCACCCCAGGAGAGUAGAUUCGGAUCCUACCACCAAUUAUUGCUUCUCAAUUGAUGUCUCAGGGUGGACCCCUCCCCCCUUGGUAAAAAUAAAGCCCUUGACUCUUC